AUGGGAGUUUUGUUGAAGAUGAAGAAACCAUCAAGCAGAAGUCAAAGAGGGAGCAAAGGUAUCAAAGGGAAACAUAUCCUGCAGAUAUGUGUUCUGCUCGGAGUUUGCAUCUGGUUAAUCUAUCAAGUGAAGUAUUCUCAUGAUAAGAAGAAGGAAUUCUAUGAGACAGAUGGCAAGAAAUCGACAGUGUCGUUGUCGUCAGAGAGCGAAGAAGGAUUGGUGAAGCUUGGGAGAAAAGAUCUUCUUCCCGGUUAUCAUAACCAGAAGGAGAACGAGAAGCAUGUGGAGGAAGAUGAUGAUGAAGAAGAGGUUAGCCGUGGAGAAGAAGAGAAAGAGAGCAAGAGUAAAGUAGAGAAUGGUAGUCAUGAGGAGGAAGAGAAAGAAGAAGAAGAGGAAGUAGUUGAGGACGAAGAAGAUAAGAACAAGCUAGGAGAGGAAGUAGCUGAGGAGGAUGAGGAAGAAAACAAACACGAGGAAGAUGAGAUUGAUGAACAAGAUCAAAGUAAGAGCGGCGGAGAUACUGAGAAGGAUGAUGAAUUACUUGAAGAAGAGACAGAGAGUGGAUCGAAAGAAAAAGAGACUAAUCAUGCAGAAGAGACUGAUAUGACCGUUGAUGAGGCACGUGAGGAGCAUUACAAGGCUGACGAUGCUUCCAGUGCGGUGUCCCAUGAGUCUCGGGUACUGAGCACGGAGAAACUGAAAGAAAGUCCUGGCAAUACAACGGAAACAGCUUGGGAGAACAGUUCCAAUGCCACUAUAAGCGAGGUCGAAGUCCAGAAAGAACUUGUCUUGAAGUUAGGAGAAGCUGUAAGCGGCGAUGUUGUGGAGAAAUCUACCACAGAAGUGGAAGGUGGUGGCAGCAAAUCAUCCAAUCCUGAAACAAAGAGCGCGGGAGCAGAACCGAGAGGUGAAACAGUUGAUCGCAAUACGACAGAAGCAGUUCUUGAGGCUUCAGGGUUUUUGCAGAAUGAAACAAGAAUCAUGCGAGAACGGAGUCAAGACCAUGACAAAACCGAAGAAGGUGCACCGCCCUCUGGAUCCUCUGAUCUACAGACUGUCUUGGAACUUGAGCAAACGCGUAAUGAAACUGAUCCCAACAUCACUGUUUCUGCGAACAUUACCAACAUAGAUUCCAUUCAAGAUGAGUCCAGGAACUCGACUUCAGAGUCUUCUCUAAUUGAAAACAUCUCAGGCUCGAACACAACUGAGGUGAAGGAGAAUUCAAGGUCUGAGGAUGAUGAUGAAACAGAAAAGGAAAGUUCUAACCUUUUUUCCACAGAGCAAACGGAGGAAGCAGAUGAUACUUCCGAGACCACAUUAUUCCAAGAAGAGAGAGAAGCUCUCACUGAUCCACAAACUCUACCGGAUAUAAGAUUAGAAGGGAAUGAGGAAGAUGAGGAAGAAGCGAUCGCAGCAGAGUGA